AUGGCGCGUUAUCUUACCCAGCGGUCUAAAACAAACGUGAACCCUCCAUUUUUCUCAGAUCUUCUUGAAAUUUUAGAAGACAGACGCCAAAAACCAAAUCAAGUAUUGAUUGUUUCUUUAGAAGAUGAUGAUGAUGUCAAUUGCACAAGAUUUUGGAGUAUUCCCCAAAUAUAUCAAACAACAAUGAAUAGGUGCAAAAUAGUUAGAAUAUAUCGCGAGUUGCAAGCAACAAAUUAUAUGAUUUUCACAGAACAGUAUCCAGUUUCAAGUCUUCCCACAAUUUUUGUAUUUGGCCAGAACAGUACUGUUCCAACAUUUACAUUUAGCGGUCAUAUUCCAAAUCCAUUCGAAUUUAUCGCCCAAUUUAACUCAUUAAACCCGCCAACAAUUACAUAUACACAGCUUUCGACAGCUGAUCCUCAAGUUAAUGAGUAUGAUCCAUUUGCUGAAGAACUUCAUUCACGUAAUCCAGAAAAUACCACAAAAACUACACCGGCGCCAAAGAUGGAGUUUGCCGAUGAAGAAUACGUUGACCCGUACUUAGCUCCUCGACCAAAACCGAAACCAGCAUCUACUAAGACGCCAAAUACUCAACCAGCUCAGCCCAAGCCGAAACUAACCGUUACAGUUGAUCUUCCUGAUGGCCAGCAAGCGCACAACGACUUUUCAGUUACUCAGCCAUUAUUUAUUGUUCAUAAAUGGCUAAUUACUUUGGUUCCUCCAAAUGCCGAAUUCAAAGUUUACGUUCUCCCUUCAAAUGAAGAAUUCUCUGACAGCCAAUUUGAUAAUCUCUCGAAAUAUUUACCAAGUCUUCACUUGAAGAUCGUAAUUCAGAGAAAACCAUUCCCAAAGCUCAAAUUACCAGGUCUAAGCAAAAUCAAGGAGUGGUGGGACUAUAUUUCACCUUUCGCAACCAAAGAUGAUGACUACAUGGACUUCCACAGGCCAAAUCAACAACCAGUUCAUAGAGCUCGUCAUAUUUAA